AUACAACACACAGCGCAGCCUCGUGUGAAGAUGGAACGCUCACCCCAAGAACUACGGCCCUGGUUCUCGCACUUGAAUCAAAUUGUUGAGAUGAGAAAAGACAAGCCAGCUGUUGCAAGUUCAAGUAAAAUCAAAUUUGAAGACUCUGAUGAACAUGAAUCUUCGUCUGAAGAUGAGGAGGCAAAGGAGAUAGAGGAGGAGCUUGCGGAUGUGACCUUUGAGGAAUUGCAGAGAGCACGGUCUGAUGGGUCGGACGCAGUGUAUAGGAAGCUUAAUUCGGAAGGGAAAAAUAGCCGAGCGAACAAGAACAGGCCAAUGGAGAUGAGUAGCAAGAAGCCAGUGAGCAGAUUUAGGGAAAUUAUCCUAGUUCCUGAAAAAGCCACGCGUGACCCUCGCUUUGAGUCUUUAACUGGCCAGCUCGAUGUAGAACGGUUCAAAAAGAGAUACAAUUUUCUUUACGAGGAUAAUCUUCCAGCAGAAAAAGAGGAGCUGAAGAAACAGAUGAGGAAAUCAAAUGAUGCAGAAGAGAUAAGUGAACUGAAAAGUCGCAUUUCUUGGAUUGACAAACAAUUGAAAUCAGCCGGAACGAAGCGCACUGAGAAAGAAAUUCUGCAAGAGCACAAGAAGAAAGAGAGAGAGGCUGCUAAGCAAGGGAAACAACCUUAUUACCUCAAAAAUUCUGAAAUUCAGAAGCGCAAACUUAUUGAGAAAUACAAGGAACUCAAAGCAUCUGGCAAACUGGAAGCAUAUAUUGAGAAGAAAAGGCGCAAGAAUGCUUCGAAAGACCACAGAUUCUUGCCAUAUCGGCGUCCCGGCGAGAAAGAAAACUAGUGAAAUAACAGGUUUGUUGAAUGCUGUAGCAAUUUUUUUUUUCUUGGGUUUCUCCUCACAAGUAUGUAGAGAACUUACCUGCUAGGCAUGACAAUGGGCCUUUCUCAUUCAAGGUGUAGAGGCAUCUAGUGAAAUAACAGGUUUGUUGAAUGCUGUAGCAA